CAUUCCGAAUCAGCUCCCAGUGCAGAGAAGCAGCCGCAGCGCCAGAGGAGUUUAAUUCGCAGCUGUCUCUGUCGACGCUUGAGGCAGUGGCAAGUGAGUGAAGCUAGCGAUCCAUCGACCGUGAUGGCGUCUGGUCGGCUGGUUCUGUGUCUUUUGGCAAUGGUGGUGGUGCUGGUGCCCGGAGCGCGCGCUGCUCGGCCCUUCUUCGUGUUCGGGGACUCGCUGGUGGACAACGGCAACAACAACUACCUGGUGACCUCGGCGCGCGCCGACUCGUGGCCCUACGGCAUCGACACCCCCGACCACCGCGCCACCGGCCGCUUCAGCAACGGCAAGAACGUGCCCGACCUCAUCAGCGAGCACCUGGGAUCCGAGCCGUUGCUGCCGUACCUGAGCCCGGAGCUGGACGGCGACAAGCUCCUCAUCGGCGCCAACUUCGCCUCCGCCGGCAUCGGCAUCCUCAACGACACCGGCAUCCAAUUCGCGAACAUCAUCCGGAUCGAGAAGCAGCUGUCCUACUUCGCCCAAUACCAGCACCGGAUCACGAAGCUCCUAGGCUCCCAGGCCGCCGCAACCAAACUCGUCAACAGCGCGCUAGUCCUCAUCACUUUAGGCGGCAACGACUUCGUCAACAACUACUACCUGAUCCCCUACUCAGCCCGGUCCCGGGAAUUCUCGCUCCCGGACUACAUAAUCUACAUAAUCUCCGAGUACAAGCAAGUGCUCCGCCACAUCCACUCCCUGGGCGCGCGCCGGGUGCUGGUCACGGGUGUCGGCCCGAUCGGCUGCGUGCCGGCCGAGCUGGCGCUGCACAGCCUCGACGGCUCCUGCGACCCGGAGCUCCAGCGGGCCGCCGAGGCGUACAACCCCAAGCUCGUCGCCAUGCUCCAGGAGCUCAACAAUGAGGUGGGCGGGGACGUGUUUGUGGGGGUGAACACUAGGAGGAUGCACGCGGACUUCAUCGACGAUCCCCGGGCGUACGGGUUCCAGACGGCCACGGACGCUUGCUGCGGCCAGGGCAGGUUUAACGGGAUCGGGAUUUGUACCAUGGUGUCGAGCCUUUGUGCCGAUAGGGAUGCCUACGUGUUCUGGGACGCGUUCCACCCCACGGAGAGGGCCAACAGGCUCAUCGCGCAGCAGUUCGUGACUGGGUCUGAGGAGUACAUCACCCCCAUGAAUCUCUCCACCAUCCUCAAGCUCGACCGCCACCUCCAUGACUGAUCGAAAGCCAGAGAGCUUUUGGUUCAUUGCUUGCACUUUAAUUUGCAAGCACUCUCCAAGUUUGAUCGGUCGGUGGAUGGAUUUAGCUAGCUUGUUGCUAGAGCUAGCCACGUACCUUACGUUACUUCAUUGUUAUUUCGCAGUUGAUUUUGCCUCCUGCGUUUUCUUAUAUAGUCUUUUUUUGUUUAAUUUGCUCCCGGAAAUGUUUACUCCAGUACUUACGCACCCUGUAUUUUAAGCUAGCUAUAGUAGUCGAUCUUUUUUCCAAAAGGAAAAGGAAAAAGAAGCUAGCUAUUGUAGUCGUCCUAUAAUGUAAUAUGUACUGUCAGGUUGAGGUUUCUAGCUACAGCUAGUGUUGUUGUAAUCCUGCUCAGCAGUGACAGGCAGCUAUAUAUGGUGAUUUGUGAGGCGAUGUGUUCAUUUA